AAGAUAUAAUUAAAUGGGAUCGACGUAAUGAUUAUAUUACUAUAAAUGCUAGUGAAAAAACUAAACAUUAUUAUCUUAAAAUAAAUGGAACUGACGAAUAUGAUCAACAAACAAUGUUUAGACAACAUUUUGGAACAUUAGCAAAUUGGAAAUUGAAUGAUAUAUUAAAAAUGCUCAAGUUAAAUCCAAAAGAUGAUUUAGAAAUUAAAAAGAUGUAUGAAAUAUUAUAUAAUUGUUAUCAAGGAAAUUAUAAUAAAGAAGAAAAGAAAAAGCAAUGUACAAUUAUAUUAAAAUAUUGUAUUAGAGAUUGUAUUGCACCAAAAGAAGCAAUUGAAUAUAUAAAUAAAAUCACUGAAUAUAGAUUAAUAUCAGAUUUAACUAUUAUACCUUUAUAUGAAUAUUCAUAUGGUAAUAAAACCAAAAUGAUAAAUAAUUUAUUUGUUAAUUUAGCUCAUCAAGAACAGUUUGAAAUAUCAUUUAAAUAUAGAGGUAGAAAUGAAAAAGAAAAAUUUAAAGGUGGUUUAGUUGGAGAUCCGGAAAAGGGAUUUUCAUCAAUAUCUCAUGUUGUUUUAGAUUUUAAUUCAUUAUAUCCAAGUCUCAUGACUCAAAAUAAUAUAUGUUUCCUUACUAAACUUUUGGAAAAUGAAGAAGAGGAAUGUUAUAAGAUAUCAUUUGAAGAUAUAAAGGGAAAAACUAAAUAU